UCACACAAUUCACAUAGCAAAGAAAAAGCAAAGAGAAACAGAACAAGUGAGAGGUAGAAAUAAGCCGAGAAAUGGAGAAGCCAACGACGACGACAUUCAUCUUGUCGCUAAUGGUGACGGUCUUAUUAGCCACCACCUACGGAGCAGCAACGGCCAAUGCUAGGGAACUCGGCUCCGGCGGCUUCACUGCAUAUCGUGGCGGUUUCAAUGAUACGGCGAGGAUCGAUGGUAGUAGUACUGUUGGCAGCUGCGGCGGGAAAAAAGCGAAAUCGUGCGAAGACGAUCUCUGUUGCAGUCAGUACGGCUACUGUGGUAGUGAAAUCGAGUAUUGUGGCGACGGAUGUCAGUCGGAUUAUGGCGAAUGUGGUAGCAGCGGGACAAGUAGCGCCCCGCCGCCGCCGCCAAAGCGGUAAUUAACUUCAACGUGAUGAUCGGAAGUUGGAAGGGGUAUGUGCUUAAUUAGUAGUAAUGAUGAUGAAUAAAGCUGUGGAAUUCAGCUAUGAAAUAAUAAUUAUUGAUAAUAAUGGUAAUACUUUGAUAUGAAAUAAAGCUUUCCUGGUUUUUUUUUAUUUUAUUUUACUGUUUCUAUAGAAAUGUUAUCUGUGUCUCCAGUUACCUUUGUAUCACAUAUAGAAGCUGGUGCUUCGUUAAUGGGAAUAAAGAGAAUUUCUACUUCUUAAAUUAAAAUUUCUCGUUUGAUUUAAUUAUUUGGAUAGAACGUCCCACGCGCGCAAAGUGACUCGCAAAAAUCUAGCGUUAAAUUAAAGAAAUAGACUUAGCAGAAUGAAGAAAAUUAGAGUUAAAUCGAAUAGAAAUAAAACUCGGGGCGUAACGAAUUCAGACAAUAAAAGAAGGAAGCAAAAAAGUGGUUUUAGGUUUCAAUCUUCUAAUGAUAUUAAACGAAUGAACAAGUGCAAUAUUUAUAGGCAUAAAACAUCUUUUUUUCUCCUACCUAAAACAUGAAACUAUUUCUCACACAAUUAAACAAUAAUCAAAUCUUACCAGACUCAUGAAAACAAUAAACAACACGAAUAUCCCAACAAUAGUAAAUAUUAUUGGGCUACAUAGUUGAGCGGACUUGGGUCUCGAGGCCCAAAGGUAAAAAUUGACUGACCAGGCCUAACAGAGUGUUCGACCCAACCAAAGGACCGAGGAGAUAUGCGGUUCUGGGAAUCUUGGGCGUAGGGAUGGUAAUGGGUCUAGUUUUGCCAAACACAAACCCAAAAUCAUGGGUUUAUCUGUGAAAAAAACUUGUGGUAAAAACCACUGUGUUUGAAAAACUCAAACCCAACCCGCUGGGUAUCAGCAAGUUCACGGAUACCAAUGGGUUUUUGUCUUAAAAAAUUUACAAUAACAAG